AUGCCGGCGCUGCUGGAGCCGCGUCUGAUGGCAGACGUGCAGAUGCUGGCGCUGUUUGGCGGCGGCAAGGAGCGGAGUGAGCGGCAGUUCUCCACACUGCUGGCUGCGGCCGGCUUCCGACUCGAGCGGAUGGUCGCCACGGCUGGGCCUCUGGUGGUGAUCGAGGCCGCGCCCGUGUAA